CAACUUGAAACAGUCGAAUUCCGCCCCGACCGGAAAAAAAAGAAGAAAAUCGGCAAAAUCGAUGUCGCACCGCGCGCAAAGGGCCCGGGAGAUUCUGUGACGAUAGGGUUGUGUACAACUGCGUAAUAACAUCCAUGGGAGCGCGCGGAUUGGCGGGACGGGGCCCCGCCCCCCUCGCGGCCAGCCGACCAAUGGGAGCCCGCUCAGCGGACGGGGAACCCAAACGAGACGCUCGUGUUUGCUAGUUCGCUCUAUGCCUCGGCACGGACUUCGUGGACGCAGUACGUGAUCUUCGCGACGAACCUUUUAUUAGGUACAUAAUUUGAAGUCCUGACAGUCCCGUUAAACGACAUUUGAGGAAAUCAGUCAGUUCGAUGAGGAGCGACCCAGAAUUUUGAGGAGGAAAUUUUAAAAUUUAAAUGCCCGCACUAGCUGAAAGAAGGACACACGUUAUCAGUGCAGAUAUGAAAGAAAAAAGUAAAAAUGCUGCGAGGAGCCGAAGAGAGAAGGAAAACACGGAGUUUUUAGAACUGGCCAAGCUUUUACCAUUACCCUCGACGACAACAACACAACUAGACAAAGCUUCCGUCAUUCGGCUCACCACAAGCUACCUCAAAAUGCGACAAGUCUUCCCUGAUGGUCUCGGUGACGCAUGGGGCUCCGCACCAACUCCUAUCAACCCACGAGAAUCUAGUAUCAAAGAAUUAGGAUCAAAUAUUUUACAAACGUUAGAAGGCUUUAUUUUUGUAGUUUCCCCAGACGGAAAAAUAAUGUACAUAUCAGAGACUGCUUCCGUGCAAUUAGGACUAUCACAGGUGGAACUAACUGGAAAUAGUAUCUUCGAAUACAUUCAUCCUUCCGACCACGAAGAAAUGACCUCAGUUUUAACUCUACAUCAACCAAUUAUCCCUCCUCAUCAAAGUCAUUGUCAUGAGGAUAUAGAAAUUGAAAGGGUAUUUUUCCUCAGAAUGAAAUGUGUGCUAGCAAAAAGAAACGCCGGACUUACAACGGCAGGUCACAAGGUUAUCCACUGUUCCGGGUAUUUAAAAGUGAAGCCUUUUUCAAUGGAUCCAAACGCACCUUGCUACCAAAAUUUAGGACUUGUAGCCUUUGGGAACUCUUUGCCACCGACGGCCGUCACGGAAAUCAAACUAUACUCUAAUAUGUUUAUGUUCCGGGCGAGUUUAGAUUUUAAAUUAAUAUUUUUGGAUGCCAGAGUGACACAGUUAACCGGUUACGAACCGCAAGACCUUAUAGAAAAGACGCUUUAUCACUAUAUUCAUGGUAGUGACAUGAUGCACAUGAGGUACUCGCAUCAUACAUUGUUAUGUAAAGGUCAAGCAACUACAAAAUACUAUAGGUUUCUAGCCAAGGAUGGAGGGUGGGUAUGGAUGCAAAGUUAUCUGACUAUCGUUCACAAUAGCCGCUCCUCCAGACCUCUGUGUAUCGUCAGUGUAAAUUAUGUCUUAAGCGAUUUGGAGGCCCGGGAAUACUGUCUGACAGUGUCCGGCUCGAGCGAGAAGCUGCUGGACCAGAGCGACUCGAGCAUCAGCGGCCUCUCCUCCGUCUCCUCUGUUUCCUCGGUCUCGAGCGGGCCCUCGAGUCUGGCCCUCCACGGGGUCGCGGGGCGGCUCCCCAAGACGGAGUUCUACCCGGAGGAGCUCAUCGCCGUCGAGCAGGGGGCCAAGGUGCCCCGCGCCCCCGUCGUCGCCGCCGCCCCCGCCUCCGUCCCCCGCCGCGCCGCCGCCGCCUACCACCGCCCCACCAAGAGGCCCCGCCUCGACCCCGAGUACGCCGACUCCAACGGCAGCCUCUACGUCGACUACACCUCCGUCCCGCCACCCGAUUUCAACUCUACCUCUGCAAUGAUACCAAGCAUCAACCUCAUGCCAAAUAUCUACGAAGAAUACAGCACGUACUCGGAUUUCUUCUACCACGCUGACCAGGCCGUCAUGCCCGAUGCUCAUGCGUAUAGCUCGUCCUCAAGUUCCUGUGCAUUCGGUUAAUAUAAAUUCAGUGUUCCUUCCUUCAUCGAUGGUGCAAGUCAAAAAGCACAUGUUACACGGAUUCCGAUGUUCCAAAAUCUCCUCUCCUCUUUUCCUACAGAAAACCGAAUUCAGGAUAUAAUCACGGACACCUUUCGAAACAUCUGCAGCUGAAGUCGCGAAAGUACAUCUCCGAUUGCGAUGCUUCAUAACUCCGAUCUUUUGAGUAAGGAAUGUCACUCCUUUUUAUAAUACUCGAUUCUCUGGAGGCGAAAAGGGCUCCGUAUUGAAACGCAUUCCAAACGUCACCUCGCUAUUUCUAUCAGUGCAUAAUCAGAAAUUUUGAAAAUGUACGGUAAGGGUUCACGCAUUUCUCUAAUGCAGUUUAGAUUUAAUAUGAAGAGAGAACCGUAGGAAUUAAAAUAAAUUGAUUAACAUUUACAAUAUGGAACUACUAUUCCUGCCUCAUCCAAAUGAAAGCACCUUCGUGCGUGGAAAAAGUAAUGACACAUGCAUUCUUUCUAAAUUGGACUAUUUGGCAAUUCGGAACUAUAAUUUCUGGCUUAUCUGUAAAAACACGUAGGUGCAUAAGGAAACUGAUGGUACAUACGUUGUUUCUAAACUGAGCCGGAAAUUAUAAUUCCGAAUUGCAAAAUGUAGUCCAAUUGAGCCAGAAAUAGUAGUUCCUUGUUGCAAAAUCUAAUCAAAUUUAAUUUUAUUAAUUAAUUAAUUUUUCGCUGAAAUGAAGUGUAAUGUGACAAGAAAUUUUCAGCAUCGCGAAUUGAAAUAUGGCUUUAAAGACUCUCACCAUCGUUCUACCUCCUUUCCUUCAUAUCUUCUUGUUUUACCUUGUUUCCCUCAUAUCUUCCAGUUUUGUAUAUUCCUUGUUCAAUAAUAAUAUAUUGUAAAUACUCCCUCGAUUUCUGGACCUAGUUCAAAAUGUAUAUCCAAAUAGUUUACGAAAAUUGUAUGAAAAUUGUAAAUUGUAUAUAAUACACGAAAAUCAAAAUUUUGUUUUUACAA